GCCCCUCCUGCUGCCCGGCCCCGGCCCGCUCAUGGCGGCCAUCCGCAAGAAGCUGGUGGUGGUGGGCGAUGGCGCGUGCGGCAAGACGUGCCUGCUGAUCGUGUUCAGCAAGGACGAGUUCCCCGAGGUGUACGUGCCCACCGUCUUCGAGAACUAUGUGGCCGACAUCGAGGUGGACGGCAAGCAGGUGGAGCUGGCGCUGUGGGAUACGGCGGGCCAGGAGGACUACGACCGCCUGCGGCCGCUCUCCUACCCGGACACCGACGUGAUCCUCAUGUGCUUCUCGGUGGACAGCCCCGAUUCGCUGGAGAACAUCCCCGAGAAGUGGGUGCCCGAGGUGAAGCACUUCUGCCCCAACGUGCCCAUCAUCCUGGUGGCCAACAAGAAAGACCUGCGCAGCGACGAGCACGUCCGCACGGAGCUGGCGCGCAUGAAGCAGGAGCCCGUGCGCACGGAUGACGGCCGCGCCAUGGCCAUGCGCAUCCAAGCCUACGACUACCUCGAGUGCUCGGCCAAGACCAAGGAGGGCGUGCGCGAGUGGUACUUCUACUAA